AUGACACCGUCUGAUUCUGAGUCAAACACUCAUGGAUCUACACGUAGUCGAAAAAUCACACCACGGUCUCGAUAUAAGAAGAAUGAUACAAUACUAAUGGAUUCUAAGAAAGCAUCAAUCAGUCGACGUCGAACAAGUCGUCGAACUUGUCAUCAACUCCAUGAAAAGAUCAGUGUGAAUCAGAAAAAGGAUCCGAAUCAGAACAACAAGACGCAAGCAGAUGAUCAUCAAGAAACUUUAUUAGUAGUAUCAGAUAUUUCUGAUCCCGAUAAUAAUAAAAAAGAAGAAGAGAAACAGGAAGAGAAGAGUGAAAACAAGAUGGAAGGAUCAGAUAUACAGUUACAAACGGAACUUGUACCUGCUCAAGAUACUCAAUUAAGACGAAUGUAUCUACAAAGGAUAUAUCGACAAUUGCAGAGUACCCAUCCACAUCAAGAGGACAUAAUGAUACGACAAGUGGCUACAAAUAUUGAGAUGAAAAUAUGUCAAAAAUCAGUCAGACGGAGUGAAUACAUUGCUGCCAUGGAUCAAGAAAUACAUCAAUUGAUGCAGAUUGAAUUGGCACAAGCCAAUGCAUCAAUUUAUACCAACGACGGACAGAGUUUUGAAAAUUUGCAGAACAGUAAGACUCAAGCGCAACAAUUGGCAGUAUCAAGUGAAAUGUCAAGUACAUACUUGCCUCAUGAGAUUUCACAGUCACGUAGUUUCGAGUAUGCACAAGCACUAGCAAAGGCACAAGCUCAGGAGACAAACAGUGUGUCAGCAGCAUUUACGACGCCACGUUAUUCAGACAUUGGUGACAACUCAUUCCAGUCCCUGAUGAAGAAUCAGACGCAAGGAUACGGACUUAAUGGUGUACAACAACAGCAACAUCAGACGACUCCAAACCGAUCCAUCAGUAUGCAGAGUUUCCCGCAACGUGGAAACCAAUUCUACUCGACCACUUCCAAGAUGCCUUCAAAUAGUCAAAACAUUUUAAUGCAUGGCCAUGUUGGAAACAUAUCAGGACAAGGCGUGACUCGGAACAUGAUGGAGGCACAACAAAAGCUGAACGGUUUCCAAAUGCAAUCUCAAUAUAAACAACAAGCCAGACCAACCCGCCCGCAACAACGUGUCUCGACAUUCCAAGCAUUUUCAGCUCAAAUCCAGCAUCUCGACAAGUCUGUGCUGAUUGAAUUAUUGUGGAAUCAACGGAGUGCGUUGGCCCAGUGGCAACGGCAAGCAAAACAACUUGAAUAUCAGCUAUCUGCCCAACAGAGCAAUGCAAACAGCAUGGAAAAUCCUGUUUUUCAUCCCGUCUACAACUCACCGAAGGUGGGUGGAAGCAAACUUGUGUGUCCAAAUGUCUCGGCGGAAGCCGAGAUGCAGCGAGCUCGGGAACGCAACAACGCGCGGAAUGUGAUGUCGCAGUACUCGUACACGCAACAUUCCAACGAAGGCAGUCCUGCGUGUUCUCAAGCGACUGACAAUGAAGUGACCUGGGAAGAAAAUGUGCAAGCGUAUUGGGAUAAAGUUCAAUCUUUAAAGACGACGUACACUGACCACUUACACAUUGCAAAACGUGCGUUGGAAAACAACAGUGCUCCUCCUAACACGCUAUACAGUGUGAAGGCCCAGUCAGUGAUGAAUAAUAUUGGUUUGGUGCUCGAUAUCCUGGACGAACAACCUACAAACGUACAGCCACGAAAGCUCAACAUACUAAACUCCAUCGAACGAUUUCUUCAGAUAACAGUAGUUCCUAUCGUACGCAAAGUCCAAUCGUCCUUUACGACCUCAGCACCCCAAACACAAGUGACGUUGGCUUCUACUCCAGCAGCGACAGCGACAGUUGCUACAAUCUCGUCAGAGAUGUCAUCCCCUCAGGGUGGUGAUCCGGGCAGGACUGGGCAAAGAACGGAAGACUACUAUGCUGCGAGUGAAUGGUCUUCUAACACAAUCUCCGACAUGUCUCGGCAGUCAUCACGUGAAACGUUUACUGAUUCAGCCGAAGUGAAAAGUUCUUCUGGUCGAAUGAUUGACGAUGGUACAGAUACUCCAUCAAAAAUGAUGGACGAGUUGUCCCCGCCAGUCCAAAACAGUCCGACAAACAGCGAGUAUAUGCCUUCUCAAUAUGCACCGGUAAAACCGAAAAGUAAUGAUGCUGUGACGAUGCAAACCGAGGUUCCAGAAGGUCGGACGCCGGAUGUGUUUGAAGCCAGUGUGACGCCGAAAGAGCCGUCUACUCCUACGUCUGAGUUCCAUCUACCUACGGUCUCCGAAACGCGUCCUCCUUGUUCGCCAGGUGGUGUUAUGAAGGAUGGCAAGAUGUUGCAGUCUAACGUUGAUGUCUUAAACGAUUUUGCUGACUUUUCCGAACUGGAUUUUGACGAAGACAGCAACAGUUUUGCAAAAGAGAACAAGUCGUCGAAUAUCUCAAUGAAGCGAGGACUCGAAGAUAUGUGA